UCGUUUGAACAAGAGUUUGUUAACCAGUUUAUUGUGUUAAUAUUAAAAUCACCAGCUAUUAUUAAGUUUUUAUGGUUUAAGUCAGCAAUAUAUUUAAGUAUUUUAUUAGUACUAGAUUGAUUAAGUGAUGGGGGUCUAUAUAAAGUAAUAACAAUAGUAGGUUUGGUAAUCAGAAUCUCAAUAAUAAUAAUUUCGCAACCAAAUUUUGUCCCACAGAAUAAAAGUUUGACAGGUAUAGUUGAUAAAAUUAAAAGACAACAGCCACCUCCCCUUUUAUUUGGACGAUUUGCAAAGUAACACUGAUAUUUAUCACCCAUUGAAAAAUCUGUUUUUAUACAAUUAGAUUGAGUAAGCCAGCUUUCGGUAAUCAUACAAAUGCUAGGGUUAUGUAUUUCAAGAAAAUGUUGCAAAUCAGGCACUUUAUUAUUUAGUGAUCUGCUGUUAAAGCAAAGGCAUGUUAAAUUUUUUAUAUCUAUAUCAAUGUUAGAAUUUUUUGAGGGUUUACUCAAUUUAUCCUAUUUAGUAUUGAGAGGUUUAGGUUCGCGUAACUCCCUUAUUUGUAGGUCAACUACAUAAUAUUUAAAAAGUUUGCAUGAAGCAUUAAGUGAAUAUGCUUUAGACCGUUGUGAAUAUAAUAUUGCUAAUUCGGCCGGGAUCAUAUCCCUUCGAACAGUAAGAUUUUGG